AUGAAAGCCGUGAGCCCCGUCCGGCACCCCAGUCGCAAGGCGCAGCCCGGCGUGGCGGGCGGCGGCGGGGGACACCCGGCCCUGCGGUGCUUGGCCGAGCACAGCGGCUGCAAGGGGGGUCCGCCGUCGGGCGAGGAGCCGGCGGCGCUUUGCCUGCAGUGCGAUAUGAAUGACUGUUACAGCCGGCUGAGGAAGCUGGUGCCCACCAUCCCUCCCAACAAGAGGGUCAGCAAAGUGGAGAUCCUGCAGCACGUCAUCGACUAUAUCCUCGACUUGCAGCUGGCUCUGGAGACGCACCCAGCGCUGCUCCGGCAGCAGCCGCCGCCGCCAGCUCUGCACCCAGGCAGCUGUCCCGCGGGCACCCCCAGGACCCCGCUGACUGCCCUUAACGCUGACCCGGCAGGCUCUGUUAACAAGCCGGGGGACAGCAUCCUCUGCCGCUGA